AUGUGCUUGGUAAAUAAGAAUUGUUUUUCACCAGUGCCCUUAGGAUGGACUUCGCACAAUAAAUCUAAAAUUAAAUCAUUAACAUCAGCUUCCGCCUGGUUACCAAAAGCCACACAAUGCGUACCAAGUGAUACAGCUAGAGGCAAUUGUUUCGUUUGCAUCUGUAAUAUUGAUGGGAUCUUCGUUUGUCGUCCUGUGAAGUGUGUGAAACCUGAAAAGCCGGUACAUAUUCAAAAGGAAUGCAAACCAAACAUGACAUACAAGAAAGAUCACACAAUUUGCAAAUGUUCAAAUAAAUCACGAUGGAUCGCAGAAAACUGUAGGAAAAUCUUCGGGACGCUUCACAGUUACAAAGCCCUUAUCUUCAGCUACUUAAAGACCAAUGUCACUUGCAAACCCAAUAAGUUAUAUUUAAUGGACUGCAAUAUAUGCCAAUGUCAUAAAUCUGGGUACAUUCUGGGAUCACAAUGCACAAAUCGUAAUUGUAGAAUUGGUAGUAAAGCUGAUGCCUGUAAAUUCGGUGAUGUUUUACGAACACAGGAUGAAAUCUGCGUAUGUAGUGAUGUUAACUAUUAUAUUGAUACACUGUGUACUAAAAUAAAUGGUCAUUUGAUUCAAGAAAUAAAAGCUGAUAAGGUUAAAGCGUUAACGAAUAUGAAAUACGCUUCGAACGAUAAAUGUACUCCACACAAAGAGUAUUAUAAUGAUUGUAACCAUUGCAUUUGCGAUGAUAAUAGAAAAUUGGUUUGUACAACGAAAAAUUGUGAAGUCAAAGCCAAUUUAAGAAGUGCUAAUGAAAUAAGUACCGAAUUAGCAGAGGUUGAACAUGAGAAUGAAACUUGUGUUCCUGGACAGAAAUAUAAAUUGAAAUGUAAUACGUGUUUGUGUACUCCAGAUAAGGAAUUGUCGUGUACUACAAUGAUAUGUUUAGGAGAUUAUGUAUUGGACGGUGUAGCUUUGAACAGGAGUUUAAUGUUAAAGGAUACUUUGGAAAUUGGAACAAAACUAAAUCAACAUCUCCCCGAAAUCCACGAGUUCCAAAGCUGUGUGCCUGGUCACCUUUACAAGUCUGACUGUAACACAUGCCGAUGUAGUGAGAACAGCACACUGCUUUGUACGAAAAUGGCCUGUAUUAAAGACGCUUUCGCAGAAACUAUGAAGGAUCAUAUACAGAAACAUCCAACACAUAAGGCCAAAUGGGCUAAAGCGAUUGGAAGAAGUGGUGCGUUGCAUGGAAAGUUACCACAAGUGGUAGAGAAUGGAGAUUGUGUUCCUGGGAAGAUCUAUGAAAGGGCGUGUGAGACGUGCUUCUGUAAUGACAAGAAGGGCUUAAAUUGUACGGGCACGUGUGAUGAAAGGAAGUCAUUAAAGAACUCGAAAUACCCAGUCAAAAAGUUUCCCUUCAAGCCUGCAGAUGUCCACAACUUUGAUGUCAUGAAGCAUUUAUCUGAUAAAUGUGUUCCUGGGAAAAUGUACCGUAUCGCUUGUAAUGGAUGUCUGUGCCGUGAAGCAAAUAAUCUCUUAUGUGAGAAUAAACUCUGCGUGUCCCAUGAGGCUUUGUCAAAACUUGAUGCUAAGAAACGUUCUGGUUUAUUGCAAGUUGCAACAGCCAUUUUCCAAUUUUCAGGCAAGAAAUGCAAUAACGACGAAACACGCGGAUGUAUUCAUUGCAAAUGUGUGAAUAACAUGACUAAAUGUAAAAGUAUACCAAAAUGUGAGGAACGAGAGAGAUUAUCAGGGAAUUCUCACAAGAUCCCAUUAGCUCUCAAUUUGCAGAAGGAAAAGUGUACACCGGGGAUGAUGUAUACGGUCCAAUGCAACCAAUGUUAUUGCCAACGGGAUUCUACAUUGAGAUGUACUCAAAAGGCCUGUCUCAAUUACGCUCAAGUCAUCAAACUUCAUAACCAAGUAACAGAAUUAGAGCAACAAGGAAUGUGAUAUUACGUUUAAUUAUUAAUAAUGACAAUAUUAUAAUUUAGUAAUAAAUAUAUUAAUUGUGCUGUUUAUGUUAUUGAAUGAAUGAAUAUUAAUUUUAUGUUAUUAAUGGUAGAUGCAAAUUUAAAAUAGGUAGCUUUCAUUACCUAAUUAACAGCCGAAGU